AUGGCUGCCCACUCAGAACACUGGGGCGUCGACGACAUUGACGUCGACUUCUCUUCGUCUGAUGACGAGGCGGGCGUGUUCUUUGGCGCUCCUAAGGCUGUCGAGCACAAGAUUGUCGCAGCGCUCUCGAAAUCGAUCACAGCAACCUCUCUGACGUGCGAGCGGUCUCCAGCACCCCGCCGCUCCUCGGUGCGCCUGCAGAAGCGAGACUCGCGCGAAUUCCUGCGUCGCAAGACCCUCCUUCUGAGCUCACAUGAAGCUGGGGCGUCGGGUGAGAAGAUGUGGGAGGGAGGAUUCCACGAACGGACCGACGAGCUGGAGGAAGAUGAGCCAGUUACUGGACCCAGCACAUCGGCGGCGCACCACGAAGACCUCUCUGCCGACCUCGACACCUUGCGGCUUGACACCUUCCCGUCCUCGCCUUAUGACGACGACAAGUCUGAGGAUUACUUUGAUGAAGAGGAGGAAGACAAGGAGAACACCGCUGUCCCUGAGGAAUGGGAUGGUGAAGAAGGUUACGACUCUGAGGACGAGUACGUCCCCGCGCCACCCGAGAGCGUUCCCAUGGCGGUUGGAUUCCGCGACGGCCAGUACGACCUCGACAUGUCCCCAGGGCUCGAUAUGGGUGGCCUGAGCUUACUCGACAUUGACGAUCCAGAAGAAUUACCCCUCGAGUUUGGUAACGAUACCGGGGGUAUGGGGCUGCGGAUAUCGCUUGGAGCCAGUACAUACAGUACCAAGUCGAGCCCAAGCGACACGUCCAUCGCCUCGGCUAGCCGGGCGUGCCCUUUGCAGCCCAAUACACCGUCUCCUCCUCGCUGCACAAGUAUUUUCGACUCGCUAGUGCUCACGGAAAACGAAGAGGAAGAUGGUACUAUUGUCACUGCGGAUCUGGAAGCAAUCACAUUCGAUACUGCCCCAAGCCCCGCCGGGGAAACGCCCGAUCUCGAAACAUCUGAUGCGGGCGAUGAAUCGAUCUCAUCUCACGACGCGCUUGCGGAUGAUGUCGACGUCAACUCGAGCCCAGAUGCACCACGCGCAUCUUCACCGUUUGAGAGCUUAGACACGUUCUCCACCCUUGCCAAUGCUCCUCCCUCAGCAACCAAGGCUCCAACCUUCCUCGACACGACGGCAGACUUAAUCGCCUUCACUCCACUCAAACCGAACGGGCCAAGCGACAUUGAGGCUGUCGAUCCCGAUCUCUCGUACGCGUCCGACAUGGACUCCCCUGUUGGACGUGCCCCGGUUAUGAUCCCCGUCUUCGCGGUCGCUUCUCCGCCCAAGCCCAAGCCCAAGCGGUUGAACCCAAUACGUAGCCAGGAACCCAAGCUCAUUGACGACCUGGCUCAUCUUGAGGGUGACCUGGACACGGACGUGGUGUUACCGACGCUGGAUUUCCCAUUCGGGUUCGGGUUCUCUCCCUUUGCUCACUUUCCCGCUUCCUCUACAUCGCCCAACAAGAAACCAACCAAGUCACCUACCUUGUCACCCGCACAAGCUGCCAAGGCACAGAAGGUUCUUGCCAGGAAAGCCGUUGCCAAGGAGCAUCUCGAGAGCCUCUUCUCUUCCAAACUCGGCAAGUCGCGCGUUAACCAGUCCACGUCGAAGCUACUGCCUUCGGCCCAGGCCCCAUUGGCAACCAGCUCACAGUUAUCCUCCAAAGCCACCCUCCUGUUACCAGAGGUAUCCACCAAGCUGCAACACAAGUCACUCGCCAGAUCCCAGAUCCAGUCGCCAGAGCUUUCGCUAAAAGGCAAGGGCAAGGCUCCAGAGAGGACCCUCAAGCCGAUCCUCAAACCGAGCAGCAAGAUCACGCAGCCCAAACCGUUUGCGUUAAGUGCUCCAAGACAAAAGAUUCCCGUCAAGCGGCAAGCGCCUGGCGAGUCCGGCAUUUCGCGCACUUCGAGCCUCCCUCGCCCUGUGACGAAGCGACCCGCCACCACCACCACCAUUGCGAAUCCUGCCGAUCGUCCGCCCGCAAAGCUGUUCCGGAUAACUCCAAGCCGCCCUGAUGUGAGACCCGUCGAGGGCACCAAUACUCUGAAGCGGCUUCAUACGGCCAGCCAAGCUGGUGCGGCUUGUGCAGUGGUGCCCGUCGCCCUGGUUGCAGCUCCGAGUCCUCGGCCGACCCUGGGUGUGCCCUCGAGGCCCGUGCGGGAUCAAGCUCCUAGUACGGCCUGCUCAUCGUCGAACACAAUGGGAGGUGCGCUUGGUCCAGCCCUGGUGAACUCACAUGGCCAGAUGCUGUCACCAUCCAAGCCAGUCCUCGGAAAGCCGUACCGGCCAUCUGUCAUGACACCUGUUGCGUCGCGCACCAUGGCAACGCCGCAGGGUGGGCUUCCCGCUUCAUCCAGGGCAUUUAAGCUCGGUACACCGUCGCGCCCUGCCACAACGCCGUUGAAGCAGCGUGGUCGCGUGGUCGCGGCGCCAGCAGCUUUGAAGGACAAGCCCUUAAACUGCACUCCCAUCCGUGGGGAAGAACCACCAACCCCACCCAAGUGGAUCAACCAGCGGAUGGAUGUGGACGAGCCCCCUGGGCAGACGGAACUAAUUGCCGAGUCAGUGUCUGACAUGCCUGCACAAGCAGAGGCCCGCGUGAUGGCAUCUCCGCCUCCACCGACGACCGACGUGCCUCCUGCGUGGACCGCCCCGGGCACGGUGUCGUUGUCACGCGAAGGCGGCAAGGAGCACGACAGCGCACCACUGUUGGAGGACAAGGGGGCCACUGCGCCUUCGCAAGAAGGAUCGCCGCCCAACCCAUCCGAGGAGCCCGUCGAGAAUUCACCACCGGCUGACAUUCCUCCUAAACGAUCUGAGGAAGCCCCGGAUGAGACGGUGCAACAGCCAGAGUCCUGUCCGCCAGAGGCACGCCGCUCCUUGCGCACUCGCACUCCGCGUCCAUCGCAAGCGCAGGAGAGCUCUCCCAAGAGGUCCAAAGCCGCGCCCGCCGAAUCCAUCGUACCCGGCAUGUCUGAGCGUACACUCCGGACCGUGACGACCCGCAAUACCAACCGCAAUGAAGUGUACCUAUGCACGAUUGACCGCAAGGUCGUGCAUGUACAGGGAGACCGCCCGCCUUCGCCCACCUCGAAGAUACGGACGAUAGCAGAGCGCGAUGCCGAAGAGCAGAAGGAGGGCCGGGAGGCUCGUGCGAAGCGACGUGCCCGUGCGAGCAUGGGCGAGUCUGAGGACGACGAAGAAGCGGCAGACGACGAGGGUCCAAUCAUUGAGCGUGCUGUGCUCGGGCGUCGAGCACCCGGGGACGUCGAGGAAUACAUGACCCCAGCUCGCCCUGCCAAGCGUGCCAAGAUCAAGAACGGCUCGACAAGCAGCACCAGCGACAGCAAGCGGAACAGCAAGCGUGUGCGGUGGGACGAGGGGCUCCUGGUCAUCCGCGGUGGGCUGCGGGACGUGCAACCGACCCACCGGUCGCCGCCAUCAAAGAGCUGUGUGACACCCAAGGCGCGGUACGAGCUUGACGAGCAUGGCAACGCGGUGAACCGGCCAACGGAGAAACUGAAGCGUACGACGAUCACCGUUAACGCGAUGUUCUAUGCCGGCGAGGAGCCAUUGCCUUUUGACUACAACAGGACUGGGCGAGGGAAGCGCAAGGGAAAGAAGUAG